AUGCUCAUCGACUCGAUUCAGCAGUUGGAAGCCAAGAAUAUUCUGACAACGAUGGACGCCCUUCAACCUCUUCUGCUAGCAGAGGCCCUUAUGGACAGGGGGUCAUACUCGAGCAGUAUUUACACCAAAGAGAUGAAAGAGGCAGCUGCAGAUCUGAAGAAGAGAGAAGACAUCACCGUAAGACGUGCAGACAAAACAACCGCAUUUAUGCUCAUCAGCACCUCGGAAUACUUCGAGAAACUCGACGCCAUCUUGUCUGAUAUCUCAAAGUUUAAGCAACUUAUGAAGAACCCGACGGAAGACAUCAAACGCGACGCCCACCGGGUCAUCACGGCCGUGAAUGCCGCUACGAAUGCCACACACCUCCUGCCCAUCCAAGGUGACUACAGCCUUGGCUACCUAUACGGAAACAUGAAGAGCCACAAGGAAGGCAACCCCCUACUCCCGAUCAUCAGCCAAACGCCCGUCCCGACUUACGCCCUGGCCAAACGGCUUCAUAAAAUUCUUUGUCCAUAUAUCCCCUUCAGGAACUGCGUCACCUCAUCGGUGGAAUUUUUGGAGAUCCGCGACUCUUCCGGUGUGGGAACAAUGGCGUCCUUAGAUGUUGAGUCCCUAUUCACCAACGUCCCAGUCGAUGAGACGAUAGGGAUCAUCAUGGAGUGGGUAUAUAGGAAUCACGAUAUGAGACCCCCGAACCUCCAAGAAGACUCAUUAAGAACCUUGCUGGAUAUCUGUACGAUGAACACCCCUUUCACCACCCACCGAGGACAGAUGUACCACCAAGAGGAUGGCGUAGCGAUGGGGUCCCCCUUAGGAAUCCUCUUUGCUAACUUCUACAUGGGAGAAGUGGAAGAAAGGGUCUUCUCGCAACAUAGAUGUCCACGCACAUACAGACGCUAUAUUGAUAACAUCUUCGUGCAAGCCGACUCCGAGGAUGAGGUAGAAGCCAUUCAACAGCAGAUUCUGCGUCACAGCGCACUCAACUUCACUGUCGAGUACAGCAGCAACGAUGUCCUUGUCAUGAAAACGAAUCAGAAGCUAGCGACAACAGUCUACACCAAAGCUACAAACCUUAGACUUUGUCUAAAUGGAGAUAGAGAGUGUCCUGUGUGGUUCAAGACCACCACAGUCAGGGCCUUCGUCAGGAGGGCCCUCUCGCACUGUUCGACGUGGCAGGACACGCACCUCGAACUCGACCGAGCAUCCCAGAUGCUCAUUAAUAAUGGGUACUCAAUUAAACUCGUAAACUGA